CGAGUGGGCCCGAGUUUCUUACUUUUUCUUCCUUCCUGCCUCUCUACAGGAGUCUUCUCCUAGACUUUCCUCAUGCCAGCUCUAUCAGGAUCAGUUCAGGGUUCACCUGCCCUGGCAUCGCACCCCAGAAGCAAAAGCGGGGAGGCAGCAAACGUGCAGGUCUUCCUGGGUGUGGGACUUGCUGUUCUCUGUUUCUGCCUUCUCCUUGGCUGUGCAAUAUGCUGGCAUUGGCAAAAGAAGCGUAAAGGCGACACGAGCAAAGCGUGGCCAUCGGAUCGCACCCUCGUGGAUCUGGGGCCCGCCCUGCCUUCUCGAGUGACAGCUGUGGCAAUCCAGCAGCAAUACACGGAGAUAGAAGGAGAUAUUCUCGAUACCCCGUCUCCCGCGCUUGCUGAAUCAUCGGGAAUAGCCAGCCACGACACUCUACCCAGGAGCCUACACCGCGGUAGAGCUUCCUUACCCAGCAUCCCCUUUUCGCCGAAGCUGAACCUACCAAUCAAACCCACCCUGAACCUGGAACGUCGCUGUACCAUCUCUGGGGAAAGCGUAUCAGGGGAUGAAAGCCGCCUUCUCUCCAGUCCCAUCCUUGGUGUCGACAUCCCGCAGUCAUACACUGUGCCACGGAACUUGUCCAGCGCCACUACAAAGCCGCGUCCGCACCUCCACUUCACUCUGUGUUACUCAGAGCCCGAGGCCACGCUGAUUGUGACAGUGAUCGGCGUCUCCCACCUCCCCAAGGGCUUCCGGGCCAGCCGGGAUUCCUACGUCAAGGUAUACCUGCUUCCGAAGUUUGCCGAACCCCAGCGCACCGCCCUGCACAAGAAGAGUCUGAACCCCGAGUUCCAUGAGCAAUUCCACUUUGGCCGCUAUAGUCUGGAGGAGCUGCGAAGCCUGACCCUGCGCUUUGCCGUGUACGCCAAAGGAUUCCACAAUCUCAAGGAUUUCUUCAUCGGAGAGGUGAUGUUCCCGUGCACGCAAGCUGCUUGGGAACAAGGCAUUUCCUCUGCCUAUACCCAGGAACUGUCGACCACCAAAACCAAACUUAAAAAGAGUCUCAGUUCCCAGGACAUGAGCUGCAGCCCUUCCCUUUUCCAGCGCAAGUCUGCGGGGCAGCUCUUCCUCGUCCUGCAGUACCAAGCAUUGGCCAAUCGCAUCAAAGUGCUGGUCCGGAAGGCAGAGAACCUGUGCCGGCUAACCCGCCUGCCAGGGUCACCAGACCACUACGUCGUAAUCCACCUACGCCACAAAGGAAAGGUCAUCGACACAAAAGAAACCAGGUCUAUCGCCAGCUGCAAUCCUGUGUGGAACGCUCCAUUCCUCUUCAGCGUUCCUGCGGGAGACAUCCUGGAGCUGUCCUUGGAGUUCGUUGUCAUGCAGGCACGCCUCUACACUCGCAGCUGUGCCGUGGGUCGAGUGCUGAUAGGCCCCGAUGCUCCAGAGAUGGGGCAGAUCCAUUGGAAAGAGAUGUGCAGCCGAGGCAAUGUGGAAUCCGCCCGUUGGCAUUCAGUUCAAUCCGAAGGAGUUCAGCUCUACCCUUGAUGUUGUGUGCCCGACAGUUCCUAGUCGUCUGCCAGUCCUGGUGACCGGCAAAAGCCAUGGUGGCUCCCGUUAGCAAGGAACGGUGGAAUCGCAGCAGUGCUGGAAACGGCCUCUUCCUGCAACAGGGGGAGUCUGGGAAGGCUUGGAGGAGUCUGGGACUGGGACUUCUGAUCAGAGCGAGCCCAGUGUGAGAAAGGAGCUAGUCGAGAGGGGCCGAAUUGAAUCCUCCAAGACCAUGUUGAACGCUUUGAUGGUAGGGCAGAUCGGUGCCAUGUAAGAGUCCCCCUACGUAACCCAGAGCUUUGAAGGGGGUCCUGGCAGUUCAAAGAACCAUAAAUAGGGAAGUCAAGGAAGAUGGAAGUGAGUGAAUAGUGCUGUGUGCGCGUGUGCACGCUUUAUUCUUUCCUCCACAAAUCUCAUACGUGGCCCACUGGCUGUAGUCAGGUUCAUG